AUGCAUCCUUUCGUUGAAAUCAUCGUGGAAUUCAUCUCACAUUUUAUCUAUAAGGCAACUGUUUCGUUCCUUCAGCCCACUAAUGACAUUACUAUUGAUAGGUUUAUGCAGUUCAUUACAUUACUCAUGACUGAUCCAGACCUUCAAGCAAUUGAUGACUUCGACGAGCUACAAUGCCUCAUCGUAGGAGACCUGACAGUCCACUGCUACAUCCGCGAAGAAGAAACAGAGGCAAGCAGAAUACUAAAUUUGGAAAUCGCAAUUCAUCCCCCCAAGUUGAUCAACGGUUUCGAGCGGCCGACAAAUUUGCUAUACUGGAAUAUGGCUCUCGGCCGUCCCCGUAUAAGCAUAAUUCCGACAAAUGAGUUGCCGUAUGUCCCCACAGGCUUCCAGCCCCUUCAGCAGUUUCAUCACACCAGGCUUCCGCUCAUUGAUAAACUGGACCUCAUGGUCUGCAAGGCCUAUACUUGCGGCAUGAGAUCCCAGGAGCAGAAUGACAAAGAUGCCGCCGACGUGGUCAAACUUAUCGAACUUAUCAAUCUCGAUCACAAUUACACUUCUCGGCAUCGUCCGACGUCUGAUCAAUUGAAGAUUCUGAAUGAUUCAAAUGAAUAUCUUGCCAAAUUUGGGAAACAAGAGAAUGAGCGUGUAUGA